CACUUCCAACAUGGCGCACACUGGUGGCGGCAGCAGUGGGGGCGGCCCCGCAGGCCGGGGGCUGAGCGGCGCCCGCUGGGGUCGCUCGGGCUCCGCGGGCCACGAGAAGCUGCCAGUGCACGUGGAGGAUGCCCUCACUUACCUGGACCAGGUGAAGAUCCGCUUCGGCAGCGACCCCGCUACCUACAACGGCUUCCUGGAGAUCAUGAAGGAGUUCAAAAGCCAGAGCAUCGAUACUCCUGGAGUCAUCAGACGUGUCUCUCAGCUCUUCCACGAACACCCUGACCUUAUUGUUGGAUUCAAUGCUUUCCUUCCCCUUGGAUACAGAAUUGACAUUCCAAAGAACGGCAAGUUAAACAUACAGUCUCCUCUGAUGAACCAGGAGAAUUCACACAACCACGGUGACUGUGCAGAGGACUUCAAGCAACAGAUGCCGUAUAAGGAGGACAAACCCCAGGUGCCCUUGGAGUCAGAUUCCGUGGAAUUCAACAACGCCAUCAGCUACGUGAAUAAGAUUAAGACCCGCUUUCUAGACCACCCAGAAAUCUACAGGUCGUUCCUAGAGAUACUGCACACUUACCAGAAGGAGCAGCUGAACACAAAAGGCCGGCCGUUCCGAGGCAUGUCCGAAGAAGAGGUGUUCACCGAGGUUGCCAACCUCUUCCGGGGCCAGGAGGACCUGCUCUCCGAGUUUGGACAGUUCCUGCCUGAAGCCAAGCGGUCCCUGUUCACAGGCAAUGGGCCGUGCGAAAUGAACAGCGUUCAGAAGAAUGAGCACGAGAAGAGUCUGGAACACAGCAAAAAGCGCUCCCGGCCCUCGCUGCUCCGCCCUGUGUCUGUGCCAGCCAAGAAGAAGAUGAAACUCCGUGGUACCAAAGACCUGUCCAUCGCAGCCGUGGGGAAGUACGGCACCCUGCAGGAGUUCUCCUUCUUUGACAAGGUCCGCAGGGUGCUGAAAAGCCAGGAGGUGUACGAGAACUUCCUCCGCUGCAUCGCGCUCUUCAACCAGGAGCUUGUGUCUGGCUCUGAGCUCCUCCAGCUCGUCAGCCCAUUUCUAGGAAAAUUUCCAGAACUCUUUGCACAGUUCAAAUCCUUUCUGGGGGUGAAAGAGCUAUCGUUCGCACCGCCCAUGAGCGACAGAUCCGGGGAUGGAAUAAGCCGGGAAAUCGACUACGCAUCUUGCAAGCGCAUCGGCUCCAGCUACCGGGCACUCCCCAAGACCUACCAGCAGCCCAAGUGCAGUGGGAGGACGGCCAUCUGCAAGGAGGUGCUGAAUGACACCUGGGUUUCCUUCCCCUCCUGGUCAGAAGACUCCACAUUCGUCAGCUCCAAAAAGACGCCCUAUGAGGAGCAGCUGCACCGCUGUGAGGAUGAGCGCUUUGAGUUAGACGUCGUCCUGGAGACCAACCUGGCUACCAUCCGGGUGCUGGAAAGCGUGCAGAAGAAACUCUCACGCAUGGCACCCGAAGACCAGGAGAAGUUCCGGCUGGACGACUCCCUGGGGGGCACGUCAGAAGUGAUCCAGCGGCGCGCCAUCCACCGCAUCUACGGCGACAAGGCCCCAGAGAUCAUCGAGAGCCUCAAGAAAAACCCCGUCACUGCUGUCCCAGUCGUCCUGAAAAGGCUGAAAGCCAAGGAGGAGGAGUGGCGGGAGGCCCAGCAGGGCUUCAACAAGAUCUGGCGGGAGCAGUAUGAGAAGGCAUACCUCAAGUCCCUCGACCACCAAGCUGUGAACUUCAAGCAGAACGACACCAAGGCCCUGCGCUCCAAGAGUCUGCUCAAUGAGAUCGAGAGCGUCUAUGAUGAGCACCAGGAACAGCACUCGGAGGGCCGGAGCGCGCCCUCCAGUGAGCCACACCUGAUCUUCGUGUAUGAGGACCGGCAGAUCCUGGAGGAUGCGGCGGCCCUGGUCAGCUACUACGUGAAGCGGCAGCCAGCCAUCCAGAAGGAGGACCAGGGCACCAUCCACCAGCUCCUGCACCAGUUCGUGCCCAGCCUCUUCUUCUCCCAGCACCUGGACCUGGGGGCGUCUGAGGAGUCAGCCGAUGAGGACCGGGACAGCCCCCAGGGGCAGAGUGUGGACCCUGGCGAGCGCAAGAAGCCAGUGCCGGGGCCACAGAGCAGCCCCUCGGAAGAGAAGGGGGCCUUCGGGGAUGCGCCGGCCACCGAGCAGCCACCGCCCCCGCCGGCACACAAGCCCCUGGACGAUGUCUACAGCCUCUUCUUUGCCAACAACAACUGGUACUUCUUCCUGCGUCUGCACCAGACCCUGUGCUCGAGGCUCCUGAAGAUCUACCGCCAGGCGCAGAAGCAGCUCCUGGAGUACCGGACCGAGAAGGAGAGGGAGAGGCUGCUCUGCGAGGGCCGCAGGGAGAAGGGCAGCGACCCCGCCAUGGAGCUGCGACUCAAGCAGCCGAGUGAGGUGGAGCUGGAGGAGUAUUACCCGGCCUUCCUGGACAUGGUGCGGAGCCUACUAGAAGGGAGCAUUGACCCCACGCAGUACGAAGACACACUGCGCGAGAUGUUCACUAUCCACGCCUACAUAGGCUUCACCAUGGACAAGCUGGUGCAGAACAUCGCGCGGCAGCUGCACCACCUGGUGAGCGAUGACGUCUGCCUGAAGGUGGUGGAGCUCUAUCUGAAUGAGAAGAAGCGUGGGGCCGCUGGCGGCAACCUGUCCUCCCGCUGCGUCCGCGCUGCCAGGGAGACCAGCUACCAGUGGAAGGCCGAGCGGCGCAUGGCCGACGAGAACUGCUUCAAGGUGAUGUUUCUCCAGCGCAAAGGGCAGGUGAUCAUGACCAUCGAGCUCCUGGACACCGAGGAGGCCCAAACAGAAGACCCUGUGGAGGUCCAGCACCUGGCUCGGUACGUGGAGCAGUACGUGGGGACGGAGGGCGCAUCCAGCUCGCCCACUGAGGGCUUCCUCCUGAAACCUGUGUUCCUGCAGAGGAACCUCAAGAGGCUCCGCCGCCGGCAGUGUGCACAGGCGCGGGCCCUGCGCGGUGAGGCCAGGAGCUCCUGGAAGCGGCUCGUUGGUGUGGAGAGUGCCUGUGACGUGGACUGCCGCUUCAAGCUCGGCACCCACAAGAUGGUGUUCGUCGUCAACUCCGAGGACUGCGUGUACCGCCGUGGGGCCCUCUGCCGGGCCAAGCAGGUGCAGUCCCUGGUGCUGCUGCGCCACCACCAGCACUUUGAGGAGUGGCAUGGCCGCUGGCUGGAGGACAACGUGACGGUGGAGGCAGCCAGCCUGGUGCAGGACUGGCUGAUGGGUGAGGAGGACGAGGACAUGGUGCCCUGCAAGACGCUCUGCGAGACAGCACACGUGCACGGCUUGCCUGUCACCCGCUACCGUGUGCAGUACAGUCGCCGCCCGGCUUCGCCCUGAUGGGCAUGGAGCUCCCACGUGCCCUCAGCCUCUGCAGGAUGCUUUCAUGAAUGACCUGGGGGAGCCUCUGCCACCUGCCCUGCUGCUGUGGGACAAUGCACUCCAGAGCAGGACACCGCCUGCCACUUGGCCCCUCAGCUUCAUGGGGCCUGUCCUGUGCCAAACCCGAAACCCCUGGGGCACUUGACCCCUGGGGGGGCUCAGCCCCCACCUCAAGAGGGGGGAUGGGUGCGCUGGCCAGGGAACAAGUGAGCACGACUACACACCUGCCCGGCCGUGUGCACCACUCUGCCAAGUUCCCAGGUGGGUGGCACCGCAGGUCCUCAUGUUCCUACAGUGUCUUGGAAAAGUCACAGGUGAUGACACAUAACGUGUGCACUUGGGAGGGGGUUGGCAACCAAGAGACCCUGAUGGGGAAGGAGGGGUCCUGGGUGGACCUGCUUGAAAAGCAAGUCCUUUCUGAGCAUUCUGAGAGCUGCCAGAAACGUUGUCUGAAGGUUUGGGCAUCUCAGUCACUUCAAAAGUGAGGAGAGCCCUUCAGGCACACCCUUGGGAUCCCACCUUGACAUCCAGACCUGGAGCAGGCGGAUGGUGACUUGGAAGACCCCACUGUGCAUAAAAGAGAUGCCAAACCCCAUGUCGAUGUGGCAGCCGGACUCUGGGUCCAGGAGAAUUGGCCCACAUUCCCGUUGAACUCACGUGGCCCACCCUGGGAGGGCCCGUGGGUGUGGUCGUGUGCCCAAGGCGGAUGUUCUACAAAUACAUAUGUAGCACACGCACAUAUUUAUUCCUUUGCGCUCUCUUAGUGGUUGUACUUUCUGCAGCAGCCAGUCCCGCAGCUUCUUGGGGCUGAGAUCUCCUCAUGGAACUUGGCGAGUCCACCCUGACACUGCUGUUCCUAAAGCCCCCACCCAAGCUGCAUAGCACCUACCUACCCUGAGACCCACGUGGGGCCAGCCCAACUGCUCCAUGGAUCGUUUUUUUCCCUUUGUGAGGGGCUGAGUUGACUGUUCCUCAGAGGCAUCCAUGGCUUUUUGUGCCAAGAAUCCCACGCAAUUGGGGCUGGAGACCAGCCCUUUAAACCUCUUCCCCCGCAAGAUCCUCUGGCAGCCUCUCACCUAGAGCCGGCCCCACAAACAGGUGGGACCCAAACAGCUCUUGUGCUGGAUCCUAUCCUCAGCCACAGCCCUCACCCUCCUGCAGCAGAGCUGUGCCAAACUCAAGGUUCUGAGAAGUGGAAAAGUUUCUGGAAGUUUCCCAUGGAACUGGAGGCUCCCACACUUUUGAUUCCAGCCCUGGGGGAUUCUGAGGCCAUCGCUCCUGCCCAGGGUUUCCUCCCCAUGUUAUCUCACAUAUAAUGCAGACACUUUGUACUCAUCCUUGUUUUCUAAGAAAGGAAUUAAUUUAUCAUCAGGAUUCCUGAACCAGACCUUCCAGGCAGCCAGCAACCCUCGCCGAGCCCACAGCCCUGUCUGUGCCUCACCUCUCUCCAGUGGAGCCCUGCAGGCCUGGGGUGUGGCCAGAGACCCCUCUGAGUCCCUCCCCAAGGCGCCUGUCUCCCCACCAACCCCAACCCUGCAUGCUUCUAGGGAGCAUCUCUUCCAUUUUUGAGGGAUUCCUGUUCUGGGGCUUGCCCUUUCUCUGCAGCUGUUCUGAAUGUAGUUUUCCUUUUCUAUUUAUUUGCACAUUAAAGUUAAAUGCUGAUGUAAAGCCAUGAGGUUCUGCCAGUAUCUCCUGUGAGAAUCAGUGACUCCUCGCCUGGACCCAGAGUGAGCGAGUGUCCGCAUGUGCCCACCUGGCACCUGGAAGUCCCAAAGCACCGACAAGCCCUCCCUGCAGGGCAGCCCCUGGGAUGGCAGAGCCUGGCCCUGCCCAGCCGCAACAGGGGAGUGUUUUCUAGAAUAUUCUUUCCCAACUCAGUAUUCACAUUCAGUAGAAAUGAGAUGUGUUGUGCAUUAAAAGACACAGUGUCUUGUUCUGAGUUUCCUGUGCCCAGCCUGUGUGUCCCACUGCCCCUGGAACCCUACAUACUGAGGGUUGCACCUGCCAAAUGCACAAAACCACCCACUGUGCUCACCGCACCCCCACCCCCACCCC